AUGGGUCUUCUAACCAAAGGAACCCCACUAACCUGGGCCGAACUACAACCUUAUGUUAAGUUUGUGAAGGAGCAUGGAAUAGCUCAGUUUAUUACCUUAUAUCAUCGACUAAAGGACAGAGAAGGGGAUCAGCUACGAUGGGGAGACGAAGUCGAAUAUACGAUUGUUAAAUUUGACCAUGAUAACAAAAAAGUAAGGGUUUUUGAUUGUUUUUUGUGAUUUUAGGUAAUGAAGAGGAUGAAAAUGAAGAAAAUGAGGGUGUUGUUGACGGAGAAUUAGGGAUAUGAGGUUGUUAUUGAAGGAGAAUUAAGGAAUUAAGGCUGUUGUUGAAGAAGGAUUAAGAAAAUGUAGUUGUUUUUGGAAAAAAUUGGUGUUAUUGAUGUUUCUGUGGGCUUAGAAGGAUGUAUGAAGGUUAAAUAGAUAAGAAAAUGGCGUUUUAAAUGUUGUUUUAGAUAGAGAUUAGGUCUUUUUUGGGAUUUUUGAUUUCAAGAAGAGGUGUAAAAGAGGUGUUUUUAGUGUAAUAUGGAUGUUAUUUAUGUUUUAUGAGCUUUAGUUAGAUAAAACAAUAGAGUUUUGAUAAGAAAAUGGCAUAUUUAAGCUUGUUUUAGAUGUUUUUUUUCUACUUCUACCUUCAUCUUUACUUCCAACUUAUACUCAAUUUAUUAAUUUGUCAUUUAAAGCAAUGUAAACCGAUAUUAUUAUAGGUAAGAGUAUGUCUCCGAGCCGACGAUCUCCUCAAACGUCUGCAAGCUCAAGAGGAAGUCAACAACAUGGUCGGAACCGAGAACCGCGCUCUCUGGCGUCCAGAAUUUGCGGCCUACAUGGUGGAAGGUACUCCAGGCGUACCCUACGGUGGCCUGAUGUCAUGCUUCAACAUUGUCGAAUCCAACAUGAUUCUACGUCGAGCCGAAGCCACUCAGCUACUGAAAAAGAACGAAAGCUUGUUAUCAGUCAGUUUCCCAUCACUAGGAGUGCCAGACUUCACCGACCCUCCAUCACAACCGACUCCAAAUGACGUCGACGGUGCGGGCCGUAGCGUCUUCUUCCCCGACGAUGCCAUUUACUCAGGUCAUCCGAGGUUCAGGAACUUGGUGAGGAAUAUAAGACAACGUCGUGGACGACGUGUAGCCAUCAACGUGCCAAUCUACAAAGAUGUGAACACUCAGUCGCCGUAUCUAGAGGAAUUCACGGAUUCUGAAGCCAAAGUCAUGGCGAAACCGGAUCAUAUCUACAUGGAUCAUAUGGGAUUUGGAAUGGGAUGUUGUUGUCUUCAAAUGACCUUCCAGGCUGUCAAUAUUCAAGAGGCUAGAUGGCUGUAUGACCAGUUAACUCCAAUCACUCCUAUCUUGGUGGCGUUGAGCGCGGCUACACCGAUCUUCAGAAGCCGGUUGGCUGAUGUGGACUCUAGAUGGGAUAUUAUCUCGGCUGUAAGUUGGAUUUUGAAGUUAUACUCUUGCCACUUAUCUUGCUCCAACCUACUCUAGUCUUCUUUAUCCUACCUUAUCCUACCCUAACCGACCUUUUCUUACCCUACCUUACCGUACCUUACUUUAUCCUAUUGUACUCUAUCUUACAAUACUUUUCUCUAUCCUACCGUACUAUACCCUACUCUAUCUUACCCUGCUCUACCUUACUUUUGUAAAUUUGUUCUUGUUUUCAGAGUGUAGACGAUCGUACGGCCGAAGAGCUGGGCGAAGUCCCCCUCAAGAACGAUGAAUUCCAAAUCAAGAAAUCUCGCUACGACUCAACCGACUGUUACAUCUACCCAUGCUCCGCCGCCUACAAUGAUAUCGACCUGGAAUACGAUCCCAAAGUCCUGAAACAACUACUAGAUGGUGGUGUAGACGAAAUCCUGGCUAAACACAUUGCUCACAUGUUCAUCCGAGACCCACUACAGGUCUUCAAAGAACGAAUCGAACAAGAUGAUGCCAAGAGUACCGAGCAUUUCGAGACCAUUCAGUCCUCGAACUGGAUGAAUAUGCGCUUCAAACCCCCACCACCAGAUGCACCUGAGAUCGGGUGGAGAGUGGAGUUUAGACCGACCGAAGUUCAACUGACUGAUUUUGAGAAUGCCGCUUAUUGCUGUUUCGUGGUGUUGUUGACUAGGUAAGGGUGGAUUUGAUUUUUUUUGGGGAAAGGGAGAGAGCGAAGAGGGGGGGGGGUGUGAGACACUCGCUUAGACAUGAGGAACGGGACGGGCCAAAAAUUUUGCUCGGGCUGAAAAUUGGGCUUGGUUUGUUCCUCAUGUCUACACUCGUUAGAUGGGGGGGGGGGGGGGAGGAGUUAUUUAUUUUUUAAAGAAGACAAUGUGCGAGGUGGUAAUUUUUUUUUGAAGGGAAGAGGGUAAUGUGUAGAUUUUUAUUUUUAGGAGUGGGAGCAGGGACGUCGCUACGGUUUUUCUCUGGGGGGGGGGAGGUCGAAAAAUUUUUUUUGGUCCACAGGUAGCUAGCCGAUUUUUCAAAAAUUCAGGUACCUACCUGUGGAAUUUUUUUCGGAUCGGCUCUGGAGGGGGGGGGGUGGCAGGGGGGGGCCUAACGACGUCCCUGAGUGGGAGGUAGUAGAUUUUUUAAAUUGGGAAAGGGCGUGGUGGUAAUCGUUUUUUUUAGGAGUGGGUAGGUGAAUUUUUUUUGAGGCAGUGAUUUAAAAAAAUAUUUAGGAAAGGAGGGGGGGAUGGUACUUUUUUUUUUGGAUGGAGGGAGGGAUGGGAUAUGCCUUGGUGGGUUUUUAAAAGGGGAGGCUCGUAUUUUCAUUUUUUAUGGAAUGGAGGGAUAGAAAUGCUAUUUUUUGAGGUACGGUUGGGGUAGAUUUUUUAUUGUUUAAAGGGUGGUGAGUUUUGGUGUGGGGCAAGUUUUUUUUGUUUUUUUUGUUGGUAGGGGUAGAUUUUGAGAAUUUUAUAAAUAGGGGAGGGUUUUUUUAAAAGAACAGGAUUUUUCAUGUCUUUACUAAACUCUGUUUUUACCACUACUUAUACCCUUAACUCUUACCCUACCUCUUACUCUUAUUCUUACCCUUAUCCCCUUAACCCUACUCGUAACUCAACCAUUACUCUUACCUUUACCCAAACUCCUAUCUGGCAAAAACAAAGCUUUAAAAAGUGUUUUUUUUUCACUAAUUACAAAAAAUGAGCAACUUUAUUUUUGCUUUCGUAUUUUACAAAAAAAAUAUUUUUUAUUUUUAGAGUCAUCGUAUCCUACAAACUCACUUUCCUAUCGCCAAUCUCCAAAGUCACCGAAAAUAUGAAGCGUGCCCAAACCCGUGGCGCCGUUCUGAAUCAGAAACUUUUCUUCCGCUCCAAGCUAGCUACUUGUGACGCUCCACCGGACAAUUAUGGGGACGGCCCAACUAAGAAACCCGAUCUGGACACGGUCGAAAUGACCAUAAACCAGAUUAUUAAUGGCGAUGGCAAAGAAUUCCCGGGACUAGUACCACUAAUCAGACAAUUUUUGGAUGGUGCUGAUGUUGAUGUAGACACCAGAUGCACCAUUACUCAGUAUUUGAACUUUAUUCAGAAGAGGGCAUCAGGCGAGAUUCAGACUUUGGCUCAUUGGAUGAGAGAGUUUGUUCAAGAACAUCCGGACUACAAAAAGGAUUCCAUCGUCCCGGAUUCUACUGUUUACGAUCUGAUGGUUCAGGUAAGGGUUAGGCAUUUAUUUUGGAUUGACAAGGUCAGGAGGAGAAAGGGGAGGAGGAGUGUGGUUUUGAUUUUUUUUGGGGUGGCAAAGGGUAGACUUAACUUCGGUUGGCUUAGUAGGCUGAGGCUUAGUAGGCUGUUGAGUAGAAUUAGGGUAUCUGGGUUAUUAUUAGUAGAAAUUGACUUAUUAGUCUCGUUCUUUGCAGACUUAAGAAUGGUAGGCUUAGGCUUACAAGGAAAGUGGGCAAUGAACAGUACAGUAGGAUAGGGUAGUGUAGGAAUUGUAAGGUAGGGUUGGAAAGGUUAUGAUAGGGUAGGCUGUUUGAGAGUAGAAUACAGUAGGGCAGGGAAAUGUGAAACAAAAAAUACAGUAUAAUUUGUAAUUUUAAAAAUUUUAAGUUUUUGGCUCAUUCUUUAAAACAUUUUCCAUUUUCAGAUGGACGAAAUCUCAAAAGGCACUCAGCAUUGCCACAAACUUUUGGGCUGUUUCCGCACCAAAACCGACGAACGUAUUCCGAACGCCGUGCGCCGCGCCGAAGAAGCCCUCAUCAUGAGCAUGGCGAAGCGUCGCACUCACUAA